AUGAUACCCCCGUGCGACCCGGUCAUCCUGGAAAACAAUCCUCAGUUCAAGCGACUCUACCAGCACCUGACAACCACCUUACUUAACCCCGAUGGUUCCACGCGCGCCCACGAUGCACAACCGGCCAGGAAAGCGCUGCGGGAAGAAGUAAGAGACUGCCAGAUACGGGCCGCGAAGAAGCAGAUCAAACAGCAUGCCUUACGACGAUUGGCAUUCGAUCCGGACAGUGGAUUACCUGACGAUUGUCGAGACCCUGUCGCCAUCGUCAGCCUCUAUCUCGAAUCAUGUCCGGACUUGCUCGCCCUCAAUGAUGGCAGUCACGAAGCCGCAGACACAUCUGUCCUCCUCGCUCCGGACAUCGAUCUGUUUUAUUCCAACAUGCCACUCCUGGUAGCGCCUUUAUCGGAGAUUCUCUCGACAGCCCUCAGCGAUGUCCGCGCGAUCGCAAAUGCAGGAACCAGUCCAGCUGGAUCUACAUCCAUCGACCGCCCCCGACCACGCGCACGGACUCGUCAGGCCGUCGCCAGAUCCAUAGCCCAGGUCCCGGUGGCCGCGCAGCUGGAAGACCGGCUACGCGCGCUGCGCCAGAAACAAUUGAUAGAGAUUCCGACCGCGCGGACUCAGAUGGCCACGAUAGCAGCGGAGGUGCUUGCGACCCGGGCAGCGGUUUUGGAGCGGACGGUGAUGCUCUUGGAGCGGGCUAAACACGGCGCGGUGGCUCGAGCGACGAAGGCCCGGGCGGAGCAUCUUGCUACGGUGGCGCAGGGGGUGGAAGGGAAGCUGAGUGUCAUGGAACUGGAAAUCUUGGCGACCAUCCAUACCCCAGAGGUUGUCGCUGCGCUGGGUCGGUAUUAUCGGCAUUUGCGGGAUACGCGGGAACGGUUGGAGGAGCAACGCGCACUGGCGCUGGAGGAGUUGAAGGGCUACGAGGAGGUGGAUACGGGCGGGGGUGGGAGUUCUCGCGCAACUAGAGCUCAGCAGUCUGCGCCCAUGAAGGAGAUUGCGCGACGAUAUGGAUCAUUGAUUCGAGAUAUCGAGGACGUGAGGAUGGAGAUUGAGCGAUUGAGCUUCUCCCACACCUCCAACCUCCAAGCUACCACUAAUUAUCUAAAAUCCAAAAUGGCCGACGAAGCCCUCUCUAUCUACGAUGAAAUCGAAAUCGAGGACAUGACCUUCGACCCGAACCUGCAGUCCUACCACUACCCGUGUCCGUGUGGCGACCGCUUCGAGAUCGCGAUCGAUGAUCUCCGCGACGGGGAGGAUAUUGCCGUGUGUCCGAGUUGCAGUUUGAUGAUUCGGGUGAUUUUUGACCAGGCGGAUUUGGCCAAGGAUGAUGACGAUAAGACCGGGUCUGCUGCCGUGGCGGUUCAGGCUUAA